AUGGCCCUGAAGCAAAUUUCAAGGGAGUUUGACAGUGAUAAGCCACAGGAUCUAAACUGGAAGAAUGGGACACAUAUCAAUGGUAGCAUCCUUAAAUUGAUAACAACGGCAAUGAUCAUGAAAGCCCAUCUGGACAUUUUGAGCCAGUCUAAAGAACAAGCAAUGUCAAGGCAGAUGGAGAAAAAAACAGCAGAAGUAAAUCUCACUUCAGUGACGGAAUUUGUUCUUUUGGGAUUUUCUGAUAUUCCCAAUCUUCAAAUGUUUCUUUUUGUAAUAUUUUUCUUUGUCUAUGUGAUAAUUCUGAUGGGAAAUGGCAUCAUUGUUCUCAUAGUCAGGGUUGACCAGGCUCUUCAGACGCCCAUGUAUUUUUUCCUUAGUAAUUUUUCCUUCUUGGAAAUCUGUUUUGUAUCUGUCACUCUUCCCAGAAUGCUCACAAACCUUUGGACUCAGAAAAGAAAUAUUUCUUUGUUUGCCUGUGCAACACAAAUGAGUUUUGUCCUUACGCUUGGAAACAUAGAGUGCCUCCUUCUGACAGUGAUGGCCUAUGACCGCUACGUGGCCAUUUGUAACCCUCUGCACUAUCCUUUAGUUAUGAACCACAAGGUCUGUGUCCAGAUGGUAGUGGCCUGCUGGAUCACUGGAGUUCCAGUGGAGACAGGACAGACAUACCAAAUUUUCUCUCUGCCAUUUUGUGGGUCUAACCAAAUCAAUCACUUUUUCUGUGACAUCCCUCCACUACUCAAGUUGGCCUGUGGGGACACAUUCCUGAAUGAGAUGUUAGUCUUUACAGUCGCUGUGCUGUUUGUUACGAUCCCCUUUCUGUUGAUACUUGGAUCCUACAUCAAAAUCAUCUCCACCAUUCUCAGGUUGCCAUCAGCAACAGGACGAACCAAAGCUUUCUCCACCUGCUCGUCUCAUAUCACAGUUGUUGUGAUGUUCUUUGGAUCCGCAAUCAUCACAUAUUUACGGCCCAAGUCUAAACAUUCUUCCAGAGCAGACAAGUUUCUCUCUCUUUUCUAUACCAUUGUCACCCCAAUGUUUAAUCCUAUGAUAUACACUCUGAGAAAUAAGGAUGCCAUGAUGGCCUUGAGAAAAUUGUUACCUUAA